AUGCAGUUCGCCAAAGGCCCCACAUGUUUCGACACGGAUCUCUGUUUGGCAGCCGUUAUUGAGCUCUGGUAUCUGUUGGGCUAUCGAUCUUGGAAGCUGAACGAACUGUUGGUCCAGGGUAAAUUGAUGAUGACUGACAAUCGAACUACGAUGUCCAAAGUCAAGUCACCACUAGCCAUUUGA